GAAAUAAACAUGUGUUUGAUUUUUUGCUCUAAUUUUACUGUAACUUGUCUUUAUCAAUCUUGUUCCCCUGGCUGGUUUUAAUUGUAAAUAUAUUCCAUUUGAGCUAGCAAGUAAUGUUUUUUUGGACAUUAUUUUGGCCUCUAGUUAUCGGUGGCUGCUGUUUCUCACGGAUGAUAAGAAGAUAAAGCCAAUUAUGUGGAAAAUACCACUGAAUUAAUAUAUAUUCAUAAUAUAAACGAAGUUUCCUAACAUGGGUUCGUUUUCUGCAUAUCUUUCUCUUUUCUAACCCUGCAUUCACUUUUUCAAGGCUUUAGGAAAGGAAAUGGGUUGAGGUUUGAAAUAAUGCAAAAUUAAUACAUUUUUAUUGCCAAAAGCUUCAUGAUAGUCAGGUUAGGACUCAUAGUUGCUGCUUCCUUAGCAGCUUUUACAGUUAAGCAGCUGAAUGUUGGAGGUUCAAAACCAGAACAUGGUGAAGCAAGGUCUAAAAAGCAUCAACAUGAGGGCACAGAACAAGAGCAGCUCACUAGUAUUGCAGAUGUUGAUUCUCUUGAAAGGACUGAUAGGGAGGAGGAGGAAGAGGAGAAAGAGGAGGUUAAGUUAAUUAGCAGCAUAAUUAAUCGAGCUAAUGAUUUCGAAGAUGAUGAUAUUCUACCAGAAUUUGAAGAUCUUUUAUCUGGAGAGAUUGAGUUAUCAUUUCCUGGUAGUGAUGAUAAGGUUGAGAAGGACAGAGUCUACGAAAUCGAGAUGGCAUACAAUGACAGCGAAUUAGAACGAUUGCGGCAGUUAGUGAAGGAAUUGGAGGAAAGGGAAGUGAAACUCGAAGGAGAAUUGCUCGAAUACUACGGUUUGAAGGAGCAGGAAUCAGACAUUGUGGAGUUACAAAGGCAGCUGAAAAUUAAGACGGUUGAAAUUGACAUGCUUAAUAUAACAAUUAAUUCGUUGCAGGCGGAGAGGAAGAAGCUUCAAGAAGAGCUCACACAUGGAGGUUCAUCAAAGAGAGAACUUGAAGUGGCUAGAAACAAGAUAAAGGAGUUACAAAGACAGAUACAGCUUGAGUCUAACCAAACAAAAGGUCAACUUUUGUUGCUUAAACAACAAGUUUCUGGCCUACAAGUGAAAGAAGAAGUUGCUGCAAGAAAAGAUGCUGAGAUUGAAAAGAAAUUGAAAUCUGUUAAUGUGUUAGAAGUUGAAGUUGUGGAGCUUAAGAGGAAAAAUAAAGAACUUCAACACGAGAAGCGAGAGCUAACUAUUAAACUCCAAGCUGCUGAAUCUAGAGUAGCAGAGCUCUCCAAUAUGACUGAGAGUGAAAUGGUUGCCAAGGCGAAUGAGGAGGUGAGUAACCUGAGACAUGCAAAUGAAGACCUUUUGAAGCAAGUGGAAGGACUUCAGAUGAAUAGGUUUAGUGAAGUUGAAGAGCUUGUAUACCUUCGUUGGGUCAACGCGUGUUUGAGGUAUGAGCUAAAGAAUCAGCAGGCGCCCUCGGGAAAACUAUCAGCGCGCGACCUCAGCAAGAAUCUUAGUCCGAAAUCACAAGCGAGGGCGAAGCAGCUGAUGUUAGAAUACGCCGGAUCAGAACGAGGUCAAGGUGACACAGAUCUUGAUAGCAACUUCUCUCAUCCUUCUUCACCAGGAAGUGAAGAUUUUGACAAUGCUUCUAUUGAUAGCUUUACUAGCAAAUAUAGUACUCUUAGCAAGAAAACUAGCCUAAUCCAAAAAUUGAAGAAAUGGGGUGGUAAAAGCAAAGAUGAUUCUAGUGCUCUUUCAUCACCAUCAAGAUCUUUUUCAGGAAGUUCUCCAAGAAGGAUGAGUAUGAAUAUUAGAUCUAAGGGUCCACUUGAAAGCUUGAUGAUAAGGAAUGCCGGUGAUAGUGUAGCCAUCACCACGUUCGGGCAGGGUGAUCAGGAAUCUACUACUUACUCUCCCGGUAGUGCUGAUCUAAGAAAAGUUGCAUCCACUGAUUCACUAAAUUCUGUUUCUGCUUCAUUCCAAUUGAUGUCCAAGUCAGUUGAGGCGACCGCGGAAGAAAAAUACCCCGCAUAUAAAGAUCGACAUAAAUUGGCCUUGGCUAGGGAGAAAGAUCUAAACUCAAAGGCUGAAAAAGCAAGAGUGCAGAAGUUUGGUGACAAUUCAAAUUUGAAUAUGACCAAGGGUGAAAGAGAGAGACCACCUAUUGCAUCUUUGCCACCUAAACUUUCUCAAAUAAAGGAGAAGCCAUUUGUUCCUGUUAGUGAUCCAAAUGAUCAAUCUCAGGAUGGAAAGAAUGUUGAAAAUCAAAGCAUUAGCAAGAUGAAGCUAGUCGACAUCGAGAAAAGGCCUACUAGGGUGCCUAGGCCACCUCCUAAACCAUCUGGUGCUGGUUCCGAUAAUGCUCCUUCGAGUGGAAUACCAUCUGCUACAUCUGUUCCUCCACCUCCUCCUCCUCCUCGUCCACCAGGUGGUCCGCCUCCACCACCUCCUCCCCCAAGAGGCCUAUCAAAAGGGGCAUUGGAUGGCGACAAAGUUCAUCGAGCUCCACAACUAGUUGAAUUUUAUCAAUCAUUGAUGAAACGGGAAGCAAAGAAGGAUACUUCUUCACUAUUAGUUUCUUCUUCAACAAGUAACACAUCUGAUGCAAGGAGCAACAUGAUUGGGGAGAUUGAGAAUAGAUCAACAUUCCUCUUAGCUGUGAAAGCUGAUGUAGAAACACAAGGUGAUUUUGUCAUAUCCUUGGCAACUGAAGUAAGAGCAGCCUCCUUCUCAGAUAUCAAUGACCUGCUUGCCUUUGUGAACUGGCUAGAUGAGGAGCUUUCCUUCCUGGUUGAUGAACGAGCUGUCCUGAAGCACUUUGAUUGGCCUGAAGGGAAAGCGGAUGCACUAAGGGAAGCAGCUUUUGAAUAUCAAGAUCUGAUGAAAUUGGAGAAGCAAGUCUCUACCUUUAUUGAUGAUCCCAAACUCUCAUGUGAUGCUGCCCUGAGGAAAAUGUAUUCCUUGCUUGAAAAAGUGGAGCAAAGUGUAUAUGCACUAUUGCGAACAAGAGAUAUGGCUAUUUCACGGUACAGAGAAUUUGGAAUCCCAAUAAAUUGGCUACAAGAUUCCGGAGUUGUAGGCAAGAUUAAACUUUCUUCUGUACAACUGGCAAAGAAGUAUAUGAAACGUGUUGCAUCUGAACUUGAUGAGCUAUCUGGACCUGAGAAGGAACCAACUAGAGAGUUCUUGAUUCUACAAGGCGUUCGUUUUGCUUUCCGGAUACAUCAGUUUGCAGGAGGAUUUGAUGCAGAGAGCAUGAAGGCUUUUGAAGACUUGCGAAGCCGCAUCCAAACCCCUCAAGUUGGUGAAGAAGAUAGUAAACCAGAAACAUAGUAUAUCCGUUAAAACAUUUUUUUUCUCUUAUUCUUUUUUCCUUAGUAUUUGCUUCUCUUAUAUACAUAUAUGUAUAAGUUUACAUUUCAGCUGUAUAAUUCGUUUUGCUGCAAUUUGCAUAGCCUAUUAUACAUACUGGAUAUAUGAUACAUCAAUUAUAUUGUGAGUGCAAAUUUGAACUCCAA